AUGGGAAACAGCAAGAGCAGCAUUAAAACAGUUCCUGAUAAAAGCGAGAGAAGGAAGUCAUCAGUCGGAAGAGUAGUCCAUCUUGAUAAACAAUCAGACAUUCAAAACAAAAGGGACAUCCAAGAAUCCUUAAAAAUACAAGAGCCAGUAAAUGACAAAACCAAAGAAUUGAUAAACAUACAUAAUAAUCUUAUAACUGAGAAUGAGGACCAGGAGAAAAUUGAAGAAAUGAUGAUGAACCAAAUUAAAAAUAAAAAUACAGAUAAGCUAUAAUAUUUGGUGGAGUCGCAAGUAGCACUGGUGCCAACGAGUCAAAACAAUAUAGUAGAAAUAGCAAUUCUAUCAAGCUCCCUCCUAUUUUUCGGAAGGAAUCUAAAAAUAGUUCAAUCUCAAGUUUUAAAGUUCCCACUUCAAUUCCAAUAACUGGGAUUCGAGUGAAAUAAGGACUUGCCUCCCAUUAAUCACGAACCUGCAUUCCCAGUCUCUAAGAAUAAGAACUUAGUGUUUAAUAAUCAGGAGGAUCAGGCUUUAUUUCUUCCCGAAUUUAACCAAAACAAGUACGGAGGCUUUGGACUCAUCAAGCAAGAGAACACUGAGUCUGAUUUAGCAGAUGAUAAUGAGUAUAAACCAUCAAAUUUCGAAAAGGAAAUUCUCAAAAGGAACCAAGAGAGGGCUGACCUUGACCUGGAUGGAGAAAG